AUGACGACCUCGCUGCCCGCUAUCUCCCCAUUCGAGCCUGCUAAUGAAGCGUGGGAGGCUUAUCUGGAGCGGUUCGAAUGCUUCCUGCAGGCUAACGGCCUGUCAGAUCUAUCAAGUGACAGGAAGCGAGGCUAUUUUUUAAGCUUCUGUGGCCGUGAUAUAUUUGCCACGGCGAGGGCUUUGACGGCCCCUCAACCUGUCUCCUCGGUACCUUGGGAGACUCUGCUAGAGAAGUUGCGAGCCCAUUACUGCGGCUCCUUCCGCAUUGCUAGAAGACACGCUUUUAGACAGCGGUUCCAGAAAGAGAAACCGUUAACGACUACAUGGCUUCCCUGCGUAUCGCCGCCCUACAAUCUGCAGCGCCGACUACUGGCCCGCAAUGAUGUGACUCUUCAAAUAGCCUUGGAUGAGGCGCGAGCCUCUGAGAUGUCUGUACGUUCGGUUGCGGAACUCCAGAGAUAUCACACUAGGUCCGCUACCGACGGAAUGCAACAAUCUGUCCACUAUGAGGACGUGGACGACGAUGCACCGUCCGAUGAGGACGAUGCAGUAAGCCACCUCAAAGCAACUCGGAAGAAGGAGUGGAACACUGACUGGAAGGGGUCACAAGGAGGUUGCCUCGGAUGCGGAGGAAGUCACCAUCGUGCGGACUGCCGAUUCAGGGCAGCGAUCUGCCGCCGCUGCGGUCGAAAGGGUCAUCUCUCGAGGGUCUGCCGAGCAUCCCUUCCCGCAAAUCAGAAGCCCAACCCCCAACUCAAGCCCAAGCAAGGCGCGCGGAGGUUGCCUACCCGCCGUGACGAAUGCCAUGCAGUCGACCGUGAGGGAAUCGCUGCUGAUGCUGCUGUGAGCCACGCCUCCACCGCUGUUCCCGCCCACAAGAUUUACCUCAGCGUAAAAUUAGAGGGGGUUCCAUUUAAAAUGGAAAUUGACACUGGCUCUUCGAGAUCUCUUGUUGCUUGGCAUACGUUACGGCGCCUGCUGCCUAAUUUUCCGAAACGGCGCCUUCAACCCUGUCAAAUUAUUUUAAGGGACUAUCAGGGAAACCAAAUUCCUACUGCGGGUUGUACCACGCUUCACGUCUCUUUUGGGUCUUUUGAGGGUAAAUUGCCCCUAGUAGUAGUCAGAGACGACCUUCCAAGCCUCCUAGGCUUGGAUUGGUUUGCUGCCCUGCACCUUGAUGUAUCAGGGGUCCACACCACAAGUCUAGACACCCCGAACCAACUCUUUUCAGAAUUUGCCGAUGUAUUCGACGGCCAGUUAGGCAAAUAUACUGGUCGCCCAAUUUCCUUCAAUCUCGACCCUCAGAUUGCCCCAAUUCGCCUUAAGCCGCGGAGGGUGCCAUUGGCAUUACGUCCUAAAGUGGACAAGGAACUAGACAAACUCGUUGCCCAGGGCGUCCUAGAACCUAUUGAGUAUUCACUUUGGGAGACACCUAUUGUGAUCCCCCUAAAACCGGACGGAUCCAUUAGGAUCUGUGCCGAUUAUAAGUGCACUAUCAAUAAAGCCCUGCAGGCAAACCGAUACCCUCUUCCGGUGGUACAACACUUACUCCACUCGUUAGGCCGUGGGCGGGCGAUUGUCACCCACCGGGGGGCUUUCCGCUGCAACCGCCUGCAAUUCGGAGUCAGCAUAGCUCCCGGACUGUUCCAGGGCCUGAUGGAGCGGUUGCUCCAGGGGCUCCCAGGGGUCGUGCCAUACUUCGACGACGUUCUGAUCUCGGCUAUUGACAGAUCAGAACUCGUCGAACGUCUUACCGACCAUAAGCCAUUAUUGGGGUUGAUGUCAGGGGACCGGCAAACUCCCCAAAUCCUUUCCCCGCGCAUGUCACGCUGGGUGGAGUUCUUAGCUGCCUACUCCUAUAAGCUGAUUUACAAACCGGGAAAAUUUAUUGGGCAUGCUGAUGCGCUCAGCCGUUGCCCCCUCCCUACGACAGAUCCUGACCCUGCCCCGACGUCCCCCGUCCUUCUUGUUGAGGACUGGGACGUCCCCGUCUCCGCCUCCUCUAUUCGUGACCUUUCUGCAAGGGAUCCUAUCCUUUCUACAGUUUUGGAUUGGGUGCGCAGGGGGUGGCCAGGGGGGCUAGUGUCCCCUGAUUUCCAGCCUUUUAUUCGGCGACAGCAUGAGCUGUCCGUUCUCAAGGGGUGCCUAUUGUGGGGAAAUCGGGUGGUGGUUCCCCCUGGUCUUAGACAGCGCAUACUAGCGUGUCUGCACGAUGCCCACCCAGGCAUUGUGCGGAUGAAGGCCCUAGGACGUAGCUACGUCUGGUGGCCGGGCAUGGAUCAGGAAAUUGAAGCCUGGGUGGCAACUUGCCCACAAUGCCAGGCUUCCAGACCUGCUCCACCAGCCGUGCCAAUCAGGACCUGGGAGCUUCCCAGGGCCCCAUGGGCGCGAGUCCAUAUGGACUUCGCAGGACCUUUUAUGGGCCAGACCUUUCUGAUUUUAGUCGAUGCCUAUUCUAACUGGGUAGAAAUAGGUAUCACGCCGUCCCCCACAUCGGGAGCGGUCAUCCGAAUACUAGACGGCCUAUUCGCGACUCAUGGGCUGCCUGAUGUUAUCGUCACCGAUAAUGGACCGCAGUUCACCUCUGCACCCUUCCGUCAAUUCUUGGCGAUGCGUGGCAUUCGCCAUGCACCUGCGGCCCCGUUCCACCCGGCCGGAAACGGCCGGGCUGAAAGGGCCGUGCGUUCUGCCAAGGAGGCUUUGGGCCGCCUUCGUCGCUUACGCACCACAUUAGAUCGCCUACACCCGAAUUUUACUUCGGACGUGCCCAACACAUCCAGUAUUCCAUAUAGAUCGUUCAGGGAAGGGGAUCUGGUAUACGUGGAGAAUUACGGGGGGGGGAGCCGAUGGGUCUCAGGUCAAAUCACCCAACUAACCGGACCCUACUCUUAUAGGGUCCUGCUGACAGAUGGUCGUCAGUGGCGCCGCCAUGUGAACCAAUUGCGGCGCAGAAUCCCUGGGGAGGGACAACCAGCAUUUGAGCGUAGCAUUCCACUUCCAACAUACAACUCCGAGACACCCCCUGACUUUAGAAACCAGCCUACAAUGAACGACGCCGGCCCGAAUCUAAACACUCCUUCUACCACCAUGGAAGUCGCACCUAGGCUCUCUAGCGUUCCGGCAGACACCGCUGAGACUUCUAUUCCCGCUGCGAUCUCGACGGCUGGCUUACCUGAAACCCAAGGCAUUCCAGCGAUGUUCCGGUCGAAUUCCAACCCCCCGGCAGCGGCGUCUUCAACAGCGCACAAGGAUGACGAACCUACUCCUGCGACGUCAGGCUGCAUACUAAGGAGAUCAGGGCGGAGCCGACGUCGUCCGGCGUAUCUAGCCGAUUACGCUUGCGCUGUCUGGGGGUGA